UGUUUUAUUUUUAUUAAAAAAUACCAGUAAUAAUGGGAAAAAUGAUUUUUUCUUCAGAACUUGAGGCUUGGAUGUCCGAACCAUCAAAUAAAAAAUUGGGAUAAUUUUCUAGCGCCACCCAGGAACCUAUUGAAUGGAAAAACAUGAAAUUCUGUAUUGGCCAAGGAGAAUAGUCAGCCUAAAAAAUGAAAUUGGCCCCAUAUUUAUGGAAUUUUAUUUCCCAAAGAUAUAGACCCUCAAUGUUCGUGAGGUUACACUUGUCUAUCGUUGGGCACCCCCACUCACGCAAUUCCCACUUCCUUGGUGCAGCUGGGUUUCACGUGUCUGUGGACAUGAGUGUCGUCCACCGGUCAACAUCUCUAUAAAAUUAACAACCGUUGAUUAAUUUAUUGUCGAAUCGAGUGUACUACAAUUUUACAAUGGGAAUUCUGAGGGUGUUCAAGGGGCACAUAAGUCCCAAUCGACUGCUGCAGCUUUCAGGAUUCCUAAAUCAGAAAAAUGGCAGGUGUAUGGCAUCCUACGAGAAGUACGCAGUCCACAAAGAUAUCGAAAAGAUCCGAAACAUAGGGAUAUCAGCUCACAUAGACUCUGGAAAAACUACGUUAACCGAACGUAUUCUAUACUACACUGGUAGAAUCGAUGAGAUGCAUGAAGUCAAGGGAAAGGACAACGUUGGAGCAGUGAUGGACAGUAUGGAAUUGGAGAGACAACGAGGGAUAACAAUCCAAUCGGCAGCGACGUACACAAUCUGGAGGGACCACAACAUAAACAUAAUCGACACUCCAGGGCACGUGGACUUCACAGUGGAAGUCGAGAGAGCUCUGAGAGUUCUAGACGGUGCAAUUCUGGUUCUCUGCGCUGUCGGAGGUGUCCAGUCCCAAACCCUCACCGUCAACAGACAGAUGAAACGAUACGACGUGCCCUGUCUGGCUUUCAUAAACAAACUAGAUCGAAUGGGAGCGAAUCCCAAGAAAGUUCUCCAGCAGAUGAGGACAAAAAUGGGCCACAACGCAGCUUUUAUCCAGUUGCCAAUUGGAUUAGAAUCCGAGACAAAGGGAAUCAUCGAUGUGAUCACCCAGAAGGCUUUAUUUUUCGAGGGACAGUACGGCGAAGUCGUCAGACAGGGGGAAAUCCCCCAAGACAUGAAGGACGAAGCAUUCGUUAAGAGACAAGAAUUGAUAGAACACUUGAGCAAUGUUGACGAGACUCUCGGGGAGUUAUUCCUGAGUGAAAGUACUCCGACAGAACAAGAUGUCAAGGAUGCAGUGAGACGUUCCUGCCUAAAACGCACCUUCACUCCAGUCCUCGUUGGAACAGCUUUAAAGAAUAAAGGAGUGCAGCCUCUUCUGGAUGCAGUUCUAGAUUACCUACCGAACCCUGGAGAAGUCACUAAUUACGCCCUCAGGGAGAAAGCAAACGCAAAGCCCGAGAAGAUCCUCUUAGAUCCAGCUAGAGAUGGCAAAAAGCCGUUCUUGGGUCUCGCUUUUAAGCUUGAACUUGGGAAAUUCGGACAGUUGACGUACUUCAGAUGUUACCAAGGAAAACUGGAGAAGGGGGAGUCGAUUUACAACACCAGAAACAGAAAGAAGAUCAGAAUAGCGAGGUUGGUGAGAUUGCACUCGAAUCAGAUGGAGGAUGUCGGUGCAGUUUAUGCUGGCGACAUUUUCGCUCUAUUCGGAGUAGACUGCGCCUCUGGAGAUACCUUCGUCGACAAUCCCAAGUUGGAGCUGUCGAUGGAGUCCAUUUACGUACCUGAUCCCGUCAUCUCGAUGUCAAUAAACCCCAAGAAUAAUAAAGACAGAGAUAAUUUUGCCAAGGGGAUCGCCAGGUUCACCAAGGAGGAUCCAACGUUCCGAUUCUUCUGGGAUGACGAUAACAAGGAGAGUAUUGUGUCUGGAAUGGGAGAACUUCACCUGGAAAUUUAUGCACAGCGAUUGGAACGAGAGUACAACUGUCCAGUUGCUCUGGGGAAGCCUAAAGUCUCCUUCAGGGAGACUCUGGUGGACGCCUGCAAUUUUGAUUAUCUUCAUAAGAAGCAGUCGGGGGGUGCAGGACAGUUCGCCAGGGUGAUAGGUACCAUGGAGCCACUGCCUCCUGACCAGAACACUCAGGUCAUCUUCGUGGACGAUACUGUGGGCACCAAUGUUCCGAAGGCCUAUGUUCCUGGCGUCGACAAGGGGUUCAAGGCCAUGUGUAAUAAGGGGCUGUUGACCGGGCACAGGAUCACUGGUGUCAAGUUCAGGCUCGUGGAUGGUGCUCAUCAUAUCGUGGAUUCUUCAGAGUAUGCUUUUCAACUUGCUGGCCAAGGGGCUGUCAGGCAGGUCUUCGACGAGGGGAAUUGGACAGUUCUCGAGCCAAUCAUGUACGUGGAGAUAACUGUUCCUGAAGAGUUCCAGGGAACGAUCAUGGGACACAUGACGAAGAGGAAGGGCUUGAUCACUGGGAGUGAUGCCAAUGAUGGCUGGAUUACGCUUUAUGCUGAGGUACCACUCAAUGAGAUGUUCGGGUAUUCAGGGGAUUUGAGAUCUUCGACACAGGGGAAAGGGGAAUUUACGAUGGAGUACAGCAGGUACAGUCCUUGCUUACCAGAAGUCAUUGACAAGCUCAUCAGGGAGUAUCAGGAGUCGAUGGGGCAACAUCAACAAAAGAAGAAGAAUUAGUCGUGAAUUAUUGAUGGAGUGGGGAAGAGGAAAAAUCAACUGGCUUUGAUGAUCAAUACAUUGACAUUUUUUGUAAAUCGUAUCAUUUCAUGGAUUUUCAACGGUCAGGGAAUUUCUCUCCCAUCCUAAUACCCUUAAUUUUUAAUUAAUCAUGUUGUAGGAAUCAUAAGACUUCGAUCAAUAAACUGUAAAUAUUUGCGAA